UUUCGGAAAUGACGUCAUUACGGAAGUGAAGAGUCGUUGCUAUGGUUGUUCUAGUGCUGUGGUUAUGAUAAACGACAGAAGAAACAAAUAAACAGUCAGAUUGUCAAGAUGAAAUCAUCUCUGAAUUAAUCAUCAGUUAUCAAUGAGAGCUCUGUGACUGCUGGUGGUGUUGUGUUGUUGUUGUGUUGUGUGAUGGCUGGUAAAGUGAAGUGGGUCACAGACAUUGAGAAAUCUGUGCUCAUUAAUAACUUUGAGAAGAGAGGCUGGACACAAGUGACCGACAGCGAUGACUGGAACUUUUAUUGGAUGAGUAUUCAGACCAUCAGGAACGUCUUCAGCGUGGACACGGGUUAUCGUCUGUCAGAUGAUCAGAUGGUCAAUCACUUCCCCAAUCACUAUGAGCUGACCAGAAAAGACCUGAUGAUCAAAAACAUCAAACGCUACAGAAAAGAGCUGGAGAAAGAGAGCAGUCCUUUAGCAGAAAAAGAUGAGAGCGGAAAAUACCUUCACCUGGAUUUUGUGCCGGUGACGUUCAUGUUGCCCUCGGACUAUAACCUGUUUGUGGAGGAGUUCAGGAAGAGUCCAUCCAGCACGUGGAUCAUGAAACCGUGUGGAAAAGCUCAAGGGAAAGGCAUCUUCCUCAUCAACAAGCUCUCACAGAUCAAGAAAUGGUCUCGUGACAGUCGCACAUCCUCGUUUGUAGCAGCAAACAGCGGUAAGGAAGCGUACGUGAUCUCUUUAUAUAUUGACAAUCCGCUGUUGAUCGGAGGGAAGAAGUUUGACUUGCGUCUGUAUGUGUUGGUGACCAGCUAUCGACCUCUGAAAUGUUACAUGUAUAAACUGGGAUUCUGUCGUUUCUGUACAGUGAAGUACACUCCCAGCACCAGCGAACUGGACAACAUGUUCGUCCAUCUCACAAAUGUUGCCAUCCAGAAACACGGAGAUGACUAUAAUCACGUCCAUGGAGGAAAGUGGGCGAUCAGUAACUUGCGUCUCUAUCUGGAGAGCACCAGAGGACAUGAUGUCACCAAUCACCUGUUUGAUCAGAUCAACUGGAUCGUCGUUCAUUCCCUAAAGGCCGUAGCUCCGGUCAUGAACAAUGACAAACACUGCUUUGAGUGUUACGGUUAUGACAUCAUUAUUGAUGACAGACUCAAACCCUGGUUAAUCGAGGUGAAUGCGUCACCUUCUUUGACCUCCAGCACAGCCAACGACCGGAUCCUGAAAUAUAACCUCAUCAACGACACGCUGAACAUCGUCACACCCAACGGUGAAAUCCCAGAAUGCCGCUGGAACCGCAGCCUCCCCAAAGAGGCUCUGGGACACUAUGAAGUCCUUUACGAUGAGGAACAGGCUGUGAGCGAGAGCGCCGAGCGUGACCUCCGGAGCCGAUCCGGUCAGUCAUCUGGAUCAAAGGGCGCGAGAUCAAGCAGCGUCCGACCCUUCCCAGCCACCUGGAAGUGACAUCAGCUGUCUGACUGUAGCCCCUCCUUCAUGAUUGAAGCAUCACACGACUCUCUGCACAUCACUUAAAUAUUGGAUGUGGUCGUGAAGCUGCCCUGCAUGAUCUGAUGGUUUCCACAGAAAGACCAGGAUAUAAAUUAAUGUCCCACACAAACCCUUUUCGCAUGAUACCAAACGUGCCUUUACAGGCAAUGUGACAGCAACACACUGGACACCCCUAAAUGUUUGAAAUAAUAUGAUUUUAGCCUUUUUUAUAUGUUUGUCUAAUUUAUAAUUUAUUUAUUUAUUUAUAUCAUUUAAUGUGUAAUACAGUAUUUCAACUGACCUCUAUGUAAAGAUUGCACAGCAGUAUUUGAGUGUCUGUGUUUAUCUAAAGUCAUGCGUUAUAAGUGCAGAAGACUUUAUUUCAUUCAUCUGGAUGUACUGUGAUAUAAUAACUCACACCAGAAGUGUCUCUCUUUCUAAAACACAACAACAGAAUUACAAUCAAUCAAAUAAAAUAAAUCCAGUUCAAAUCCACUGCGUAUUCAGUAAAUAAAGCGUUAACUCUUUCUGUUAAUACACAGAG